ACAGGAGAGCAUGACAGCUUUGACAUUUUCAUCGCGCACUCUGUGCACCGCGCCUCUUUUUCUUAUUAACGCAAGCCUAGAAAUCAGAAGCGCACAAGACUCGCCCGCGCACAGGAUUACAUAUAUCCGCACACACACCUCUUCAUCCCAUGUUUAUAGGAUAUACCGAAGUAAGGGAAUCGACACAGUGGGAGAACAGGAACACGGGUAGGUUAUUCUUGUGGCGGAACACGGGUAGGUUAUUCUUGUGCCUGCACCCAGCCGGAGAUGCCAGGACCUUACAGCCUUUUCGGCAUCAUGUAGAACAUGAUGAAGCCCUGCAAGCCCGUGUUGAUAUGGAGGAGUGAAGUGGACGGAGUGACGGAUACUUCCCUGACCGAAUCUUCAAAUGUUAAUGCCGACAAGAUGGAGAAACAGACCUUGGUGACGGCUAUCAGUUUGUCCAUGAGCCUGGCAUCUCUGGCACUUCUCAUCGCCGCUAUCAUGACCGACCACUGGUACGAGACGGACACCACACAGCACAGGCAGAACUGCGACCAGUUCGGGCCGGACGCCAACGACCAGAAGAACCGGCAGAUGCCCAUCUAUCACCUGCCCCUGAUGGACAGCAGCAAUCCUCGGAGGAACCAGGCGCUGCUCCGGGCGAUCCACGUCGGGAGUAGAGAGGAGGAGCUCCUGGAAAACUGGAGGUCCAUUUUGGGAAUGGGAAUUUUAGAAACGGAAUGCGGGCGGCCUCUAUUCUCCACUUACUCUGGACUUUGGAGGAAAUGUUAUUAUCUAGGAAAGGACAGGGACAUCGACAACCUCAUUGCCAAGGGUAUAGCCCAGCGAUGCAUCACCAUCAAGUACCAUUUCUCCCAGCCCAUCCGGCUCCGCAACAUCCCGCUCAACCUGACCCGCACCAUUCAGCAGGAUGAGUGGCACCUCUUACAUCUGCGGCGGAUCACAGCUGGGUUUCUGGGUAUGGCAGCAGCCGUUCUGUUGUGUGGCUGCAUCGUGGCGUCUGUCAGCUUCGCCUGGGAGAAGAGUCUCACUCAGCACGUCUCUGGGCUGCUCUUUCUCAUGGCAGGGAUCUUCUGCACCAUCUCCCUGUGUACCUAUGCGGCCAACGUGUCCUACGACCUGGCCAGGGUCCCUCCCUUCAUCUACGGGCUACCCGCUGACGUGGAGCAUGGCUACAGCUGGUCCAGCUUCUGUGCCUGGCUCAGUCUGGGGCUGACAGUGGCGUCUGGAUGCCUGUGCACCACUUUCCCCAUCCUCAGCCAUAGCAACAGCAAAGCCCAGCAGGGCAAGGGCAAGGCUGCCCCCAAUGACUGUGUUUGACACACACCUUACUGCGUUUGAUAAACAUUUUGCUGUGUGUUACACCCCCCCCACACACACACACACACACACCAAGCCUCAGCAAGGGCCUACAGGCAGUCUAAGAUGUCUGUGUCUACUGUGUUUACUGAGUCUGACAGAAACCUCACAGCAUUUCACACCUCUUACUGCAUCUUUCACAUCAACUCUGAGCUGCAGCAAGGGCCUGCAAACCAACACCCCCAGACACCUGGCUGACUAACCCAUAAACAGCUGCAGCAGGCGCAUGGGACAAUGCUGACUCCUGCAUUUUCAGUCUGAAAACACUGCUGCGUCAACCAUGCUUCCACUAGACCCUGCAUCUAAAUCCAUGGAGCAAACCGGCCUGGAAUUAUGGAACCAUAAUAUAUACAGUGAGCUCCAAAAGUAUUGGGACAGUGACACAUCUGUUGUUUUGUCUCUGUACUCCAGCACUUGGAUUUGAAAUUAUACAAUGACUAUGAGGCUAACGUGCAGACUGUAAGCUUUCAUUUGAGGGUAUUUUCAUCCACAUUGGGUUAACAGUUUAGAAAUUACAGCACUUUUUGUACAUAAGCCCCCCCCCCCCAUUUUAGGGGACCAAAAGUAUUGGGACAAAUAUAGGUGUGUAUUCAAGUAGGAAAAGGUUAAGUAUGUGGUCCCAUUUUCAUAGCACACAAUGGCUACAUCAAGCUAGUGACUUUACAACAUUUGUCGGAUGCAUUUGCUGUUUGUUUUGGUUGUGUUUCAGAUUAUUUUGUGCCCAAUAGAAAUGAAUGGUAAAUAAUGUAUCGU